AUGGGUUUUCUAGAUCAUAUUUCAGAAGUGUUCUCAGUUACAAGCACAAGAAGGAGGAAGCGCAAGCCAAUGCAGACAGUGGAAAUAAAGGUGAAAAUGGAUUGUGAAGGCUGCGAAAGAAAAGUUAAAAACGCCGUUUCCUCCAUCAAAGGUGUAAGAUCAGUUGUCAUAAACAGAAAACAAAGCCGAGUAACAGUAAGUGGUUAUGUGGAGCCAAACAAGGUCUUAAAUAAAGUGAAGGGCACAGGAAAGAAAGCUGAAUUUUGGCCAUAUGUUCAAUACAAUUUGGCAUAUUAUCCAUAUGCUCCUGGAGCCUACGACAAAAAGGCGCCUUCUGGAUAUGUUAGAAAUGUUGCACAGGCAUUUCCAAGCCCUAAUGCUCCAGAUGAGAAGUAUACAACAAUUUUCAGUGAUGAAAAUGUGGUGGAAUUAGUGGGAGUAUUGUGGGUGUGGGAGCAGGAGCGGGAGCCGGUGCCUUUAUUGCUAGGGCUGGUGUUGGUGGUGGCUGUUGGACAGGUGCAUGGGAUGCUUGUGGUUGAGGUGGGGGAACCAAAUCUGGUGCUGGGGCUGGACGCAAUAGGUGGUGCUAGCAUGGCGCUAGUGGUGCCGUUGGUGGUGGAAUUGGUGGGGGUAUUGUGGGUGUGGGAGCAUGAGCGGGAGCCGGUGCCUUUAUUGUUAGGGCUGGUGUUGGUGGUGGCUGUUGGACAGGUGCAGGGGAUGCUUGUGGUUGAGGUAUAA